AUGAGUGGAUCAGCAGAACCUAUUCCGUCGCCAGCCCAAGGGGUUGGCCCAGUCUAUCGAUCAGACAAGGAAAAACCUACGGCGACGGUAUCGAAAAGCAUAUCAUAUGAAAAUGUCCAUGUCCUACCUCAAACUCCUCAGUUGAUAGCGCUUUUGACCAUGAUUAGAGACCAGAACACCGGCCGCGCUGAUUUUAUUUUCUAUUCGAACCGGAUAAUCCGCCUCCUGGUAGAAGAAGGUCUCAAUCAUCUUCCAGUAGUUGAACAUCCCGUCACUACUCCCGUGGGUCGUUCGUACCUCGGAGUCAAGUUUGAGGGGAAAAUCUGUGGCGUUUCAAUCAUGCGAGCAGGGGAGGCUAUGGAGCAAGGAUUGAGAGAUUGUUGUCGGUCCGUGCGAAUAGGAAAGAUUCUUAUACAAAGAGACGAAGAAACAUGCAUGCCGAAACUUUUCUACGAAAAGCUGCCUGCCGAUAUAUUUAAUCGAUGGGUCCUGCUCCUCGACCCGAUGUUUGCUACAGGAGGAUCGGCGACACUUGCGGUUGAGAUUCUCAAGGCCAAGGGCGUGCCUGAGGAACGUAUACUUUUCCUGAACCUCAUCGCAAGUCCUUCGGGUGUCACGGAUUUCGCUCAACGCUUUCCCAAACUUAGGGUUGUGACUGCUUUUAUCGACCAGGGCCUAGAUGAAAAGAAGUAA